AUGGCGACAUCCUUGUCAUGGACUUGUGUCCUCGAGCUCCGCCGUUGUGACGACGUCUGCUCCAGCGCCGACGUGAAGCUUGGGAGGUAUCGUUUCCUCCUCCAGCAUCUUAGUCAUGCGGGGGUGUUAGAUCUGGAGUUUGAUGACGUGUUGAAAGUGCUGCCCCUAUCUGAUUCGUUCAACAACAAUGGUUUCGUCUUUGACACCUAUUACCAUGCAAAGAAAAAAAAGGUGCUCCAGAACGACAUCGACCUGCUCAACCCGCCGGCGGAGCUCGAGAAGCUCAAGCACAAGAAGAAGCGCCUCGUGCAGUCCCCCAACUCCUUCUUCAUGGACGUCAAGUGCCAGGGCUGCUUCAACAUCACUACUGUGUUCAGCCACUCCCAGACUGUGGUGGUGUGCCCUGGCUGCCAAACAGUGCUCUGCCAGCCAACGGGCGGCAAGGCCAGGCUAACCGAAGGUUGCUCCUUCCGCCGCAAGGGCGACUAA